AUGUACGUUGAUGAUAUCGCACUGGUGGAUGGGGACAAAGGACGGCUCACCAGACGCGUGCACGCAUGGAGGGAGGCGCUUGAGAACGGCAGGCUGAAGCUAAACGUGGCGAAGACGGAGUACAUGGCCUGCAACAGCACAGAUCUGAUGUCUCUACGUAUAGGCGACAAUACCGUCGAGCGCACGGAUAACUUCAGGUACCUCGGAUCUGUGAUUGAUGCGUCCGGGGACAUCGAUCGCGACAUCAAGGCCCAUAUAUCAGCAGCCUGGGCAAAAUGGCGCGAGGUGACGUGUGUCAUUUGUGACCCCAAAAUGCCGGUCAAGCUGAAGGGACAGGUCUAUAAGACCAUCAUAAGGCCUGUCCUUACGUACGGCAGUUAG